AUGCAUGCGAAUGAAAUGUUGGUGCGCAAUUUUCGUAAAGCCCAAGGCAUUGUACCUGUGAUCAAACAAAUUGAUACUUUGGCGGCAGAGUUUCCAGCCAAAACCAAUUAUUUGUAUAUGACCUAUCAUGGCACCGAAAACGACAUUACCCCCGAAACCGAAAAAUCGGUGGCGGUACUGGGCAGUGGGGUGUAUCGAAUUGGCAGCAGCGUUGAAUUUGACUGGUGUGGGGUAAAUGCCAUACAAACGGCUGCUAAGAAUGGGUACAAGACCAUUUUCAUUAAUUACAAUCCCGAGACCGUAUCCACCGAUUACGACGAAUCGGAUCGGUUAUAUUUUGAAGAAUUGAGUUUUGAAAGGGUGAUGGACAUCAUGGAUUUUGAAAAUCCAACGGGUGUGAUUUUAUCUACAGGAGGGCAAAUCCCCAAUAAUUUGGCCACCCGAUUGGGCGAUGAAAACGUUCCCAUUUUGGGCACAUCGCCCGAAAGCAUUGACAUGGCUGAAAAUCGCCACAAAUUCUCGUCCAUUAUGGAUGAAUUGGGCAUUGAUCAACCCCGAUGGAAAGAAUUAACCACCAUAGAGGCCAUUUUUGAAUUCGUGGCCGAAGUGGGAUACCCCGUAUUGAUACGUCCUUCCUAUGUACUUUCUGGAGCGGCAAUGAACGUGGUGUCCAACGAUUAUGAAUUAAAAGAGUUUUUAAAAUUGGCCGUGAUUGUAAGUCCCGAUUACCCCAUUGUGGUAUCGGAAUUUGUACAAGGGGCUAAAGAAUUGGAAUUGGAUGCGGUGGCCCAAAAUGGUGAAAUUGUGGAUUUUGCCAUUUCCGAACAUGUGGAAUUUGCGGGCGUGCAUUCGGGCGAUGCCACCAUGUACUAUCCCCCUCAAAAAGUAUACAUAGAAACGGCCAAACGCAUUGAGCAAAUUGGCGAUAAAAUUGCCAAACGCUAUAAUAUUUCUGGACCAUUCAACAUACAGUUUUUGGCCAAAGACAAUAGUCUGCGGGUGAUUGAAUGCAAUUUGCGGGCUUCCAGAAGUUUUCCGUUUGUAUCCAAAGUAUCGGGGCACAAUUUAAUUGAGAAAGCCGCCAAAGUGUUGUUGGGGGUUCCUGUGGAACGGGGUGGCUUUGAGGCCAUGCUGCAUCUUAAUGUGGUGGGGGUAAAAGCGUCUCAGUUUUCAUUUACCCGUUUGGCAGGGGCCGACCCAGUGCUUUCGGUGGAUAUGUCGUCUACGGGUGAAGUGGGCUGUAUAGCCGAUACGGCACCAGAGGCCUUGCUUAAGUCUAUGUUGUCGGUGGGCUAUAAAAUUCCCAAUAAAAACAUUUUGAUUUCGGGAGGCCCCAUCACUUCUAAGGUGGAAUUGUUGGAACCCACCCGAAUGUUGGUGGAAGCGGGUUAUACGAUUUACGCUACCAAAGGCACCCAUAUGUUUUUGACC